GGGGGAGAGGGUGGGGAGGGUGGGACAGGGGAACAUAUAUGCUUUCAGCUAUGGAGCUCACCAUGGAGAAUCUUCACAGCGUCUCCUCUCACUCCCAGGCGGGAGACCUCAUGAGCUCUCCGCACGCGCGGCCGUCGCCGUCCCCCAGCUCCACUCCCCGAAAUCUGCUCUCGCACGCUCCCGGCUCGCGGUCAGCCAUGGUGUCCGGCAUGGCCUCGCUCCUGGAGGGCUCCGGCGGGGACUACCGGACGGACCCGUCUGCGCUGCCCGGACACCUGCACCCGUCCAUCAGCAUGUGCGAGACCGGGAUGAGCCUUAGCAACACGUACACCACCCUGACACCUCUGCAGCAUCUACCUCCCAUAUCCACCGUCUCGGAUAAGUUUCACCACCCGCACUCACACCACCACGCUGCCGCCCAUCAACGACUCUCCGCGGGGAACGUCAGCGGCAGCUUCACGCUGAUGCGGGAGGACCCCCGGGGGCUCGCCUCCAUGGGCAACCUAUACAGUCACUACCCCAAAGAGAUGUCUGUGUCCGGUAUGGGCCACGGCUCGCUCUCCCCGUUGUCCAGCGGGCUGGGCUCUUUGCACAACUCCCAGCAGUCGCUCUCAGCCUACGGUCCGAGCGCGCACCUCUCCACCGACGCCAAGAUGCUCUCUCCGGUGUCAGGGUUUGAGUCCCACGCCUCCAUGCUGUCCCGAAGCGACCAAGAGCACCUGGCUAGGAGUUUAGGGGGCCACGGCCACGGCAUGAUCUCCAACCUCAACGGCAUGCACCACCACCCGCACAGUCACCUCCACUCCCAGGCGAACGGCGCAGUGAUGCUGGGGGACCGGGAGAGGCACAGCCAUGGAGCCGGGCAGGGAGUAGCAGGGUCAGGCAUUCAGGCGGAGGAGAUCAACACAAAGGAAGUGGCUCAGCGGAUAACGGCCGAGUUAAAGCGGUACUCAAUCCCGCAGGCCAUAUUCGCCCAGAGGAUCUUGAGCCGGUCGCAGGGAACCCUCUCAGACCUGCUACGGAACCCCAAACCCUGGAGUAAGCUCAAGUCAGGCCGGGAGACCUUCAGGAGGAUGUGGAAGUGGCUGCAAGAGCCCGAGUUUCAACGGAUGUCUGCUCUCCGGUUGGCCGCAUGUAAACGUAAGGAGGAGGACAGAGGACGAGAGCGCAACCAGGUGCCAAAGAAGCAGCGACUGGUCUUCACCGACCUGCAGCGUCGCACCUUGGUAGCCAUCUUCAGAGAGAACCGCCGCCCCUCCAAAGAGAUGCAGGUCACCAUCUCCCAGCAGCUGGGCCUGGAGCUCUCCACCGUCUCCAACUUCUUCAUGAACUCACGCCGCCGCUGUACGGACCGCUGGGACACAGAGGAGCACAGUCAUGGUGUGCACGGCCACGGCCAUGUGCACACUCCUCAUGGAAACAGCAACAACAACAACAACGCCUCACCGAUCCAACCCGGUACCUCUUCUGCAACCACUUUCUCUAAGGCCUGACGGUGGCAGGAUGGCUGAACAGAUGCAUGGAGGAUGGAGGGGGGCAGGCGGUGUAACUUUAAAUCCUGCAGAGCUACAGGAUGUGUAGGUCCAGACUACUCAUCUGAUUCAUCUGUUCAAAGUGCUGAUGACUUGUGCAGAUGAAUCAGAUCUUCUCAAUGCUCCAUGUGUUUUAUUUUAAUCUGAAUGUGACUCUUAAGGGGUUAACGUGCAUUUCAAAUUGUGACUCUUCAAACCAAAGAUCCAGUAGCUUUAAGAGCGUGGCUCUUAGCAAAUCUGACUGAAUACCAAAGAAAAUCCAGCCACAAUAAACCACACUGUGGGUCUGUGUUCAAGCCUUGAAAAUGGAGGAUUUUGCUUUAAGGAACCUGUGCUGGUUGGCCUGUUGUCAGGAUGUAAACACACCAAAGAUUCACUCAUGACAGGGAACCAAUAGCUUUAAGACAGGAAACCUUAAGCGGCCUCAUGUUGAUUGCUGACAAAUCAGCCAGAAAUCAGACAGCAGAUGUGUGUGCAGGGCCAUGAUCAACCACUCCUGAUUUCAGUAACAGACACUGAGGCUGAUUGAAGGGUGCGUUUGUGUGUCAAGUGUCUGUGAAACGCUCUCGGCAGGUCCUUUGACCUGCUAACCACAUACCACCUCUGCAUCGCUGCGUGAGCGCGGGGGUGUUUGUAAUUCCUCUGCAGUGAUUUGGCCCCACUACAUGUCAGAGUAACAGCGCCACCUGCUGUCCAUUUAAAUGACAUCUGAACAUGUUCUGAGCAUGUAGUUGCAGCUCGUAUCUCCAACAGCAACAACAGCCUGCAGUGUAGAUUUCUAUUAGGAUAAAGAUACCAAUACUCUAUAUAAGUGUAGCCCUGAAACAAACUGAUAAAACAUGAUUACUCACAAACCCUUUGAUACAUAGUUGAAUGUUUGUUUCUUAAGACUCUUGUCUCGUUGUAUGGCGACAUGGCCAUAGACUGCGUAGCCGCUUGAGAGGUUACUUUUCAGGUUACAAAAGGAGAACAAUCAAAACGGGAUGACACACAUUAAAAAGUGUUGUGCCCGAGUGUAGGGAGUGAGGGAGUGAGGGAAGGGGGUCUGCUCUGUUCUAGUGGCCAAAUGCAGAGGUCAAAUGUCACAAUAUAUAGUAGGAUCCUGAGUGCCAAUGAUGUUUGCCUCUUUAUGAUAAUCAGAGAACAGGUGCAGCCCGCUCCAUCACCGUGCGCCCAGGUGUGUCUGGCCUAUGUCAUUACAACCGUCAAACUGCAAGCACUACACGGGCACGUUGCCUAUUCCAUACCUCAGAAAAACAAUGAUGUGACUGACGUGAAACACAAUGGAAAUGUCUGUAAAUACUCUUUAAUUUGAUCUCUUUCUCUGUCUUAUCUAUCCUCUAUUUAUCUACCCUCUUGCAACUCCCCACCCCCCUCCGUUGUGUCUUUCUUUCAUUUUUCCCUCCUUAACUAUUGAUGCGGGUAAUAAUUAGUACCAUAGACACAUGGUUUCUCUCUUGUGACUAUUGUGCUAUGUUGUGCUGAGACUAUAUGUAAAGAAGCACCUUGUCGACGAAAUGUAAAAACUUAAAGAUGAAAAAAAAAAAAAAAGAAUCAACAUGUCAUAGACUGAUCCUAUGCACAGACUAGGAAGAAAUAAGUGAGGAAAUGUGCAUAUUUGUGAAUACCUGUGUGAUGGACUAGAUGGACCUCUUCCUUGAUCUCUGAACUUUGAGCCCUUUGAACUGGACUGUCACUGCAUUCCUCUGCUGAUGGUGUCUUUUGGUUACCAUGAGAACCGCCUCAUUUCUUUGUGUUUUUUUUCGUGGGCAAAGCCACUUCUUGUGUAGCAUCUUCUAGCGGGAGAUAAUCAUAUUAGAGAGGAGACGCAGACAGGAGGAAGAAGGGUGCAGCAGGGGAAGCAGGAGCAUCAGAGGCCCAUCAUCAGACUGGAAGGAAACAUUUAAGUGGCAUUCCUCCGUAGUUUGGGUUCUGGUCGUUACGUAGUGCACUAUAACAGAUUCCCUGCUGGAGGUGUCGAUUAAGACUGUAGUUUUUCAGAGCAGAUGUUUGAAGCUCAGAUCCAAAGCAGAGAGUUAGUGAUGAAAACUGUUGUGUGUAUGUGGCUACCUCACAGAAUAGAGUGGACUGUGACACAGCCAUCAAUACCAAAGAUACUUCAAAGCCUGCCGUGUUCACACUGGACUUGGGACGUGCAAACACACACACACACACACACACACACACACACACACACACACACACACACACACACACACACACACACACGCAGAUGCAGAUAUGCUUCUAAGUGCACAUACACACUUCCACAGAGCAGUCGUGCUGCAUGGCAAUCACAUGGAGGUGUUUGUUAUGUGGGAAGAGUUGAGUGCCUUUUUCCUUCAACCAGGGGGUUGGACUGCUCUGCACACACACACACAUAAAGUGAAGGGGGGCACACACUGGGUGAAGGGGGAGCAGCACAGGAGGGGUCCUCAUGACAUAAAGAAGCCUCUCUAGUUUGAAUUUAAAGAGCACUUUUUUCACACAAUGAGGGGGAAAAAAGAUUGUUUACCGCCACCAUUUUUUUUGCAUAUGUUUUUACAUGCUGGUGAAUCAUCUCACCGAGUCCUCUCCACGAUACACACAUGCACACACACUCCCACCAGAGAUAUUUUUGUGUAAUUUGUAAUCCGAGUGUAGGUGUGUGUGUGUAUCUGACUGUUUACAAAGCCCUCCCGCUCUCUCAUUGGCUCGCAUCUAAACUUAACCUGUGUAGCAACCAAUGAUCUGUCAGUACAGAAAUGAUGAGACCUUUCCUCUCCAAAAAGAUACAUGAUGCCCGCCGGUGAUCCCCGCCCAUCCAAACCCUCUUCGCUGGUCCCUCUGUCCAGGGUAGCAUCACAACGAGGCAGGCAUGUGUAGACAAUUCAUCUUGAUAUACCUCAAAUCUUUAUUGUAAAGGUUAAUGUAGUGAAACAAUAAUGUUUAGCAAUGAGAGUGACAUUAAAGUCACAGCAAAAUGAUUGUCCGUUUUUUAUUUUAUUUUAAUUUCUUUAAAGGAGCGUGUGCAGUAUAAACUGUUUUAUGGUUUGACAUCUUUUGAGUUGUUUAAUUAAUUUAUUGUUUGUAGGUUUGCACGUUGUCCUUUUUUGGAAUUAAGAGAAAGAUUAAAAGGAGGAGUAAGAAAUAGGGAAGAAUAGGGUAUAGGGAAUACAUAAUAAUACAUGAUGAAGUAGCAGUAGGAGAGGAGGAAAUCAGUGACGAAAGAUUAUGAAUAAAAAGAAAGGUGUGGUAAUUGAGAAAAUUGUUUAAGAUCAAGGUAAAAAUGACACAUCAAGGACACUAAUUUCUGAUUUGCAUCACUUUUUGGCUUAUUUUGUGUUUAAAGAUUGUCUCCUAUGUGUGUUAAAGUGAUUCCCAUAUAAAAAAAAGAGAACCAACCAAAGCACCUCUGUCAUUAGGGUUGGGAUGAGCGAUUCUUUUAUGCAUGGAUACUAUAUAAGUGUAUAUAAACUGCAGGAUGAACUGUACCUCUACAGGUGGAGGAGAGGGGGAGAAACAGGGAAAAAACAACUGGAUUUUGGUUUCCAAGUAAACAUUAUUUUCAGCUCUGUGCUUUUAUGUGCUGUUUGUGUAUUUGUAUAAAAUAUGUGUAUUUGUAUCCACUUCAUCAGUGUGUCUUUCCUCCUGUUGUAACCCUUCCCUUUGUGUGGAAAUAGUCUUCACACUGUCUGUAUCUACUCUUUGUUUCAUCACACAGGUGUGAGUGUGACUUUGUGUGUGAGCUCCUUUGUUGUGUUCCUGUAUUUCAGCUCAUCCGUAUUUAAUCUAAAUUCGAUCGACCUGGGUGUUUGUCUGCUUUGGGAGCUGGCCGAAGCAUAAACACACAGACAGCCAGUCAUCAAAAUGGCGUCAUUUGCUUUUUUUCCUUCAGACAGACCUCAGAGCUCUGGAAGCCCCAGUGUCGAUGUUCUCUCCCUCUUCCCUUACCAAUCAAUCAAUCAGAACCAAGUGUCUUUGUGAUGGUAGAAGACAAUCAAUUUCAAAUAGAGCAGAGACAAAAAAAGAAGGAGGGAGAGAGAAAGAGAGUGAUGGAGGAGGGCAGAGAAACUGACUGGACAGGAGAGAUGGGAGGGAAGAAGCAAAGAUGGCUCUCAGAGAAAUCAGUGUAUGUGUGUGUGUGGUCACCUUUAACCUCUGCAGAGUGACCUUUACGGUGGGGGCUAAUGCGCCCAGGACCCUCCCCCUGGCUACGGUGGAGGUGGUGGUGGGGCAAACUUGUUAAGUGGACAUCCAAUCGAACAUGUUGAUCAAAUGCCUGCACACAUAUGCACAGAAUGCACACACGCACGCACGCACGCACACACACACACACACACACACACACACACACACACACACACACACACACACACACACACACACACACACACAAACAAAGUGGUAACCAAGACAGAGAGCCUUUCUUCUGAUCUUCAUCUCCCAGUAACACAGCGAGUCUGUCAGUCACGUUGGUCUGCCUUCAGGGUGACUCAAGUAAUAACUGGAACAAAUAAUACACCAAGUGAAAACCAGUAUGGGUAAAUUGUGUUUUGACCAAAACAAAUAAAGAAACUAGCAAUUGGC